GGUAAACGAAUGAUUCAACCCUUUUGCCACCUAUCUCUCACUUUACCUUUACAGUAGACUUUCCUCAACUUCCCACAAUGGCGCUCCCUUGCCCCGCGAUUUUCAUGACCAAAUCCAAAGCCGUGCCAAAUAUCAUCGAUUCCGCCAUCUCCGUCGGUGCUCACGGGCGGCUCACCAACACAAGAACAAGAACGGGAAAUACGUCGCCGCCGCGGAGAUCGGCCGCAAACAACAGCCACCAAAAGCAAAAGAAUAACGACGAGAAGGAGAAGGAAUACUCUGCUCCUCAUCAGCUCAAGAAGAGGAAGAACGGGGAAGAAACCAUCACAGAAACAAGAGGCAACCUACUGCCGGAAUCUUCGUUAGAGAAGGAGGAGGCGAAAAUGGAGGGUGGCAGCGUGACUCUAGUGCUCGCUGGAGAAGAAGAAGAGGGGUCUAGAGGCACCCCGAUGCUGCCUUGUGAAGAAAGGAGGAGGUAUUUGGUGAUGGACGACAGGAGAAGACGACUCGUUGACAUGGCUAAUCGUUACCUGCGAAAGCACUGUUCGGAUGAUGCGUUUAGCGGCGGUGGCGGCGGCUGCGGAAGUUCACCAAAGAGGCAAAGGCUUGGCAACUAAGCUUCUACUACCGACUGCUACGUAGGAAGUGGUUCAAUUAGACUUAAACCCUAAACUAAUUCGUUCGUAAUUAAUUGUUAAGACAGUU